CGACACCCGCCUGACGUCACCGCGCUGCACCCGCCUCCCCUUCGCUCAUUGGCUCACUACCGUCGUCCUCCAGACGCGAUUGGACAGUGGUGCUGUCCAUCAGGGGGUGGGCGGGCCAUUGCGCACUUCCGCCUGGUGUCGAUGUUGCGAGUGAGUGGAACGUUGAGUGUAUCCAGGGGGAGUUCCCAUCUACUCUCACUGCUCACACACAAGCCGCUCAUCACCAGCCGUGCCGCCCACUGUCGUCUCUCUCAACCCAGCGGGGUUCACUAUUGUAUAUCGUUUCUCAGCCUGAGGGCACUUCUUCCCGCGGCUCCCACGAAAAGGACAUUUGUCGUAAUCAGUCCACCAACCUGGUGCAGUGUGAUGCCGUUGGAAGGCAAUUGCCGAUUUUUGUUGCUUUACGCCACUCAAAAAGGACAAGCAAAAGCUAUUGCUGAGGAAAUUAGUGAAAAAGCAGACGGCAAAGGAUUUGUAGCUGAUCUCCAUUGUCUGAGUCAACUGGAAGAGUUUGACUUGGAGAGAGAGCGUGCUCCAGUUGUUAUAAUUACCUCCACGACUGGUACUGGGGAUCUUCCAGAUACAGCAACAAAAUUCUUCCAGGAAGUUAGUGGCAUUUUGGCACCUCAUCACUAUGCACACAUAAAAUAUGCAGUCUUAGCUCUUGGAGAUUCCAGUUACUGUUAUUUUGCCAAUGCUGGGAAGAUGAUUGAUAUGCAGUUGCAGCAACUUGGUGCAGAACACUUCUAUACAACUGGAUAUGCAGAUGACAGUGUUGGAUUGGAAUUGGUUGUUGAUCCUUGGAUUGAUGGUCUUUGGGAUGCCUUGAAAAAUGUGUGUCAGGAGCAAAAGGAAAUGAAUGGUGAUGGAGAGAGGAUGUUAGACACAAGUGAUGGUUCAAGAACAAAUAAACCGGAUGAUGAAAAUCCUGGUGUUUCGGCAGUAAUUCAACUAUUGAGAAUAGAUACAACUGUGUCAACAGAGACUGAAGACUCAAAUACUACAUCUGAGAGCUUGGUACAGGACACAUUGGCAGCAGGGUCACAGGAGCCUGGGCCAGUGGCUGCCUGGGUACAGAGUGAGAAACAACUAUCAGAAAGUGCUUUAAAUAUCCCAACUCUGCCAAUAGAGUAUCUAAAUGUGCAAUUUCAGAAAGAUGCAGAACAGAAUUCUACGCAAGAAUGUUUCUCCCUUGCAUCAAAUGUUACUGUGUUUCAAGUACCAGUAACUAAAGCAAUUGCUCUGACUCGGGAGGAUGCAGUGAAAACGGCACUACUCUUAGAACUGGAUAUUUCUAAUACAUCAAUGACAUACGAGCCGGGUGAUUCUUUCAGCAUUAUAUGCCCUAAUAAUGGAAGCGAAGUGGAAUACUUGAUUCAAAGACUUGGCCUUGGAGACAAGAGAGACCAAAUUGUUGAUUUAUACAUUCGACCAAACAGCAAGAAAAAAGGUGCACAUCUGCCAGAUUACAUACCAAAGAAAAGUACCCUGCAGUACAUUCUGACUUGGUGUCUGGAAAUACGAGCAGUUCCUAAAAAGGCGUGCUUGCGAGCAAUAGUUGAAUACACUUCUGACCCUCGUGAGAAACGGCGAUUGCAAGAACUAUGCAGCAAACAGGGUGCAGCAGACUACAACCGCUAUAUUAGAGACUUCAAUGUUUGCCUUCUUGAUAUUCUUAGAUCACUGCCAUCGUGCCAUCCACCAUUUAGCCUACUUAUUGAACAUUUACCAAAGCUACAAGCAAGAUCUUAUUCAGCUGCAAGCUCAUCCAGAUAUUUUCCAGGGAAACUUCAUUUUGUCUUCAACAUUGUUGAGUUUCCAUCCACACCUGUGCUGCCGAUUGCUCGGAGGGGAGUUUGCACGGGAUGGCUGGCUCAGCAGGUUACAGCUAUACUUCAAAGCUAUGACAGUGAAGCUGCAAUUGGUGAUUGUUUGUCAAAUGGGUUUGCACCAACACAGGUGUCUAUUUUCAGACGGCAGAACAUGUUUUUCCGUUUACCCAUUGACACUGCAGUUCCUAUCAUCAUGGUGGGGCCUGGAACUGGUAUUGCUCCCUUCAUAGGUUUCUUGCAAAACCGACAGAAACAAAGAGAAGAGAAUCCUGAGUGUACUUUUGGGGAAAUGUGGCUAUUCUAUGGCUGCCGACAACACGAUCGAGACUAUCUGUUUCGAAACGAAUUGAGACAUUUUCUAAGUAAUGGCACCUUAACCCAACUGGAAGUCUGUUUCUCCAGAGAAGCUACAGAUGAGAAGCCAAAAUACGUUCAACAUUUACUCCAGCACUUGACUCAUGUUGUCACAAAAGUUUUGUUGAGUGAAAAUGGCUGCUUGUAUGUUUGUGGAGAUGGCAAGAAUAUGGCUAAAGAUGUGACCACGACUCUGACUGAGAUUAUAUCGGAAAAGUUAGGAGUGAAUACGCUGGAAGCCAUGAGAAUUGUAGCCAGUCUUCGUGAAGAGAAUCGUUACCUGCAGGAUGUCUGGAGUUAAUGAGCCUUAAGAAGAGAAUACAAACCCAAUUGUAUGAUUCUAUUGAACCUUUUAUUUGCAAAGAACAGAGACAUUUUUAACCAAUGAUAAAUCUGGAAAGAAGUAUUGGAAAGACUUUUCUUGGGCAAAAUAUUUGAUUUUUUUUCAGCACAGUUCCAUGUUAAAUACAUUAAUUGAGGAUAAUGGUGAUGUCCAUCUUCUCGAUGAACCUUGCUUUGACAGAAGCAAAUGAUAAAUGCUUGUGAAGCAUCUUUCCACGAGAUCUUCUACCCAAUGCACAUACUGCUUUUAAGAGUUGCUGAAGGAGGGUGUUUUUUUUACUCUUUAAUGGACGAGUCCAUAAAACAGUAGUUUCUCUCCCUUUCCAUAGCCCCUACCGUCAAAUUUAACAAAAUCGAUGUAAGAGUAAUAUUUAUGCAAUUUUUAAGGUGUGCCAUUUGAAGCCUCUAUUAAUGUUUAGUUAUAGGCAACACAUAAGUAUAAUUGAAAACUGCCUAGAAUUCUAAUGAGGACUCCAGCAGUUUCAGUACAUCUGCAGCAGGUUAUGCAAAUUUUAUUUUUAGAAAUUCUCAGGAAUAGUCAUGACCACUGUUUUUGUACAUUUACCAUUAUAUUCAUUGUGUUUUCAUUAUUCUGCACCUUUGACCUAGGCACCAAAUUGUUUUGGUCAGUCAUUUCAUUGAAAAAAACCCAGUAGGAUUACAGUUUCUCUUGGCACAAUUUUAUCAUAGUUGCAAAAAAAAAAAAUGCAGCACAGAAACAGAACCUUUUUGCCCACCUCAUCCAUGUCAGCUGCUAUACCUAUCCAUGCUAAUCCAACCUGCUUGCAGUAGGCUCAUAUCCCUCAAUGACUUUCCCAUCUUAAUACCUGUCAAAAUAAUAUCUAUAGGUAAAUGCUGUAAUAGCAUCCACCUCCUCUGGCAGCUUGUUCUAGAAAACCACCACUCCUCCGUAUUGAAAAACAUUGUUCAGAUUUCCUUUAAGUUUCUCCCCUAUCAACAUAAACCUGAGCCCUCCAAUUCGGGACUCGGAGAAUAUAAAAACAGGGAUGUAAUGCUAAGGCUUCAUAAGACUGACCACAUUUGAAGUAUUACGAGCAGUGUUGGUCCCCAUAUCUGUGGAAGGAUGUGCUGCUGUUGGAGAUGGUCCAGGGGAGAUUUAUGAGAAUGAUCACGGGGAUGAGGGUUGGGUUAACAUAUGAAGAGCGUUUCACAGCACUUGGCCUAUACUCGCUGGAGUUUAGGAGGAUGAGGGGGUAUCUCAUUGAAACUUAACGAACAGUAAAAGUCCUGGAUAGAGUGAAUGUGGAGAGAAUGUUUCCAUUAACAGGAGAGUCUAUGACCAGAGGCUACAGCCUCAGAAUAAAAGGACGUACCUUUAGAAAGGUAUUGAGGAGGAAUUUCUUUAGUCAGAGGGUGGUGAAUCUGUGGAAUUAAUUGCUGUGAGGCCAUGUCAUCUGGUAUUUUCAAGGCAGAGAUUGACAGAUUCUUGAUUGGUAAGGGUGUCAAGGAUUAUUGGAAGAAGGCAGGAGAGUGAGAUUGAGAGGGAAGGAUAGAUCAGCCGUGAUUGAAUGGCUAAAUAGCCUAAAUAUGCUCUUCUGACAUGAACGUGACUCUGACUAUCCUACUAUCUAUGCCCCUCAUAAUUGUAUAAGCCUCAAUAAUGUAAUCCCUCAGCCUCCUAUGUUCCAAGAGGAAUAAAUGCAGCCUAUCCAAUCUCUCCUUACAACCAUGGCCCUUCAUUCGGGUGAAUCUCUCCUGUAUUAUCUCUGUUGCAACCACAAAAAAACCCAGGAAUGGAACAACCCAUCAGUUCCAUUCUUGCACCUACUUUCCUUCUUUAAGUUCAGCUCUUCAUUGUUUCUCAUCCACACACCUACACAAGGGGUCAUCUACAAUAGCUAGUUUUAGUGUUGGAGGAAACUGGAGCAUCUGUGGGAACCCAUGCAGCUGCAAGAAGCAGAUGCAAACCCCAUAAGGAAUAAACCCAGGUCCCUGGAGUAGUGAAACAUCACUGUGUUGCCCCACUUGUAACCUUUGUAAUCCUGAAGCACUUUCAAAUCAGCAUAGCACAUGCCGAUGCAAUGCCUCAUUUUUAACAUUUGAAGAGUUGAUCACAUGAAGAUCAUAAAGGUCUGUUGAUUUAUAAUCGGAUUACAAUAUUCUUUAGAUUUGUGUUCCUGUGUGUCCAUCUCAAAAUGUUAAAAUGCUUUUAAUUUAAAGUUGUAUAUUUAAGUGUGCUGUUUCUUUAUACAUGUCAAAUCAAGUUGUUUAUUGGCAUAUGCACAAAAAUUGUGAGGUAGAGGUACUAUUAAAAAAUUGUUUGUAACAGCA